AUGGGAGCCCCAGCAGGUGAUGGUACCAUGGAAGCCCAGGCAGGUGAUGGUACCAUGGGAGCCCCAGCAGGUGAUGGUACCAUGGGAGCCCCAGCAGCUGAUGGCACCAUGGGAGCCCCAGCAGCUGAUGGUACCAUGGGAGCCCCAGCAGCUGAUGGCACCAUGGGAGCCCCAGCAGGUGAUGGUACCAUGGGAGCCCCAGCAGCUGAUGGUACCAUGGGAGCCCCAGCAGCUGAUGGUACCAUGGGAGCCCCAGCAGCUGAUGGUACCAUGGGAGCCCCAGCAGCUGAUGGUACCAUGGGAGCCCCAGCAGGUGAUGGUACCAUGGGAGCCCCAGCAGCUGAUGGUACCAUGGGAGCCCCAGCAGCUGAUGGUACCAUGGGAGCCCCAGCAGCUGAUGGUACCAUGGGAGCCAGCAGCUGA